UUCAAAUUUACAGUUUCUUUUCUAUAAUUGGCUUCUUCCUUUUUUGUUAUCGUCUAUUGCUCAAUUUAAUUCUAUAGUCUCUGUUUUCUUUUUCGAUUCUACCUACUCUUUCUUCCAGUUGUCUUCUUCUACAUUCUCUUCAUUCGUCUUCUCCCCUUCUAUCUACCUUCUGUUAUUUACGCUUCUAGUUUGAUUUACGUGAGUGAUGAUGCGUCUUUGUCACGUGUGGCGGGGCAGGAGACGCAUGCGCACACUUCGCUUUCACUUUCACGCAAGGGAAGGUAUAAGAGACACGCAGCGGUCCACUCCCCUUCACUCCUUCCGCACCAGACAUCGCCACGAGACAUGUUACUUCAUAGGGUAUUGGUGGUGGCUGUGGUGGUGGCGGCGGCGGCUGCGCAGCCUCAACGGGGGCGUCAGACGCCCUUCUCCAUGGGCAUGAGGCUGCUGGAGAACCUCCGUCACGGCAUGACCUCCACGCUGCAGAACAUCUUCGGCGGCGGGGCCCCCCGCGGCAAGGAGGUACCCCCCGCCCACCAGCAGGCCCCCAAUCUGGACCCUGGUCCCCCAAUCGUGGAGAAGCCUCAGCUACGCCCCCACCAUCAGAUCCACUCCCCGCCACCCCACCAUCAGGAGUUCCACGCCGUGCCUCCCUCCCACUCUCCCUCCCAUCACCCUCCCCAUCCCCCUCCGGCCACGUCACACUUCUCCCUCCCAGCGGCUCCCCACUCUCCCCCAGAACCUCCAAAGUCUUCCUUCUCCUCCCCCGCCUCCCAAGGGGGGCAAACCUCCUUCUUCAAGGUAGUGCACGAACACGGGAGCGCCGCCCCCACUCCUAACACCCACGGCUUCUCCGGCGAGAGUUUCCACCCAGACUCCUUCCUGUCGGGGCGGCCGCCAUUCCAGGGUACCGUGGAGGAGGACCACCUAGUGAGCGUGGUACACGACGUGCCACAGCCCCUGCCGCUGCAGAACAACGACCUGCAGCAGGACUCCUUCCCGCCACACAAAACUGCCACCUCCUUUGCCUCCUUCGGGAACACCGCAAGUUUUAAACUCGGCAACCUGAAUAGGGAGCCUGACGGCCACCACCCUCCCCGCCCCCGCUCCAUUUUGCACAACCCACCUCUCCCCCAGGGCGAGGCUCCCCACCACAGCCUGCGGCAAGACAUCCAGCGGUCCGGUGACCACCCCACGGUGAUCCUGUUGUCCAACUCCCGCCUGUCCACAUCGCAGCCCGCCACGCAGGGAUCCCCGCCAGACACGCCUGCAGUCUCCCUGUCCUUCGAGGAGCAGCAGCAGCAGCAGCACCACGUGGCCAAGAAAGCAUCCGCCUCCAUUCAGGUCCAAGACCCCGGGGACUUCAGCACCGGCACUCGCGCCGCCCGCGACGCCGCAGUGGGCGACGACGCCGAAGAUACCAGCUACGAGUUUGGCUACAACGUGCUGGACGACACCUCCGGGAACCUGUUCUUCCACUCGGAGUUGCAGGAGGAAGGCGAGACGCGAGGCUCCUACAAGACCAAGCUCCCCGACGGCCGCGUCCAGACCGUCACCUACGUGGCCAAUGACCAAGGCUUCCACCCAAAGAUUACCUACGACUCGGCGCCCGCCGCCCCCGAGCAGGACCUGUAGUUCGGCGCCGACCCUGCGUGACGCCCGCGGCAGGGAGGGAGGGAGGGAGGGAGGGAGGGAGGGAAUUAUGUAAUUCCCAACACAUUCAGGGUGGAGGGGGAGGGAGGGAAGAUAUUAGUAACUUACAUAUUCAGGGUGGGGGGGAAGAAAGGGAGGGAGGGGGAGAGGAAAUGACUCCCCAUCACAUUCACCGUCAGAGAAGCGUGAGAGAAGCGUGAGUGGUGAGUGGUGAUGAGUGUGUUGUUAGUGAGUGUGUGGUGUGUGCGUGGUGUUGACGUGCGUGAGUAUCAGGCCCAGUAUAAGGUAUGUAGAUAGAAUUAGCGUGAGGCACACUCAGUAUUAGGUAACACUAGCGUGAUGGGUGGACCGGGACAGGCUCCCACUACACCCAGCAAACCAAUGACUUGUUCCUCUAAGGUUAUCAAAACAAAACAGGUAGUGGGAAAAAAAAAUACAUGUUUUUGUAUUGAAUGGCAUUGCAAUGGAAUUUUUUUUACUUUGAUCACUGUUUUAUCAUAUCACAGUUUCAGUUCACCUCCUCGCCGGCGAAGGAGCGUCUCAUUAUUGUUGCUGUUAUUGUACGUCCACUAUUAAAAGAUAAAUUGAAAAUG